AUGACUUCUAUCACAUCAGCAGCGAAAAGUCUCGUCCAAGGAAAUACAUCGACCGACAAGACCAAAUGUCUGGAGUCCGAUACUAUCACACCUUCUGUUGGGAGUGGGCUAACUACAGACCACGGAGUGAAAAUAUCUGACACUGAUAAUUGGUUGAAAAUAUCCGACAAGAUCACCGGGGGUCCGUCGUUAUUAGAAGACCAAAUAGCAAGAGAGAAAAUCCACCGGUUCGACCACGAGAGGAUUCCUGAACGCGUAGUGCAUGCGCGCGGAGCAGGCGCCCAUGGGCACUUCAGGGUCUUUGAUGACAGCGCAACGAAGUACACCUUCGCACCCGUUUUGACGGAUGCUUCUAGGAAGACUUCUGUUUUUGUGCGGUUCAGUACUGUUCAAGGAUCUCGGGGAAGCGCGGAUACCGUUCGAGAUAUACGCGGUUUUGCCAUCAAGAUGUACACGGAGGAAGGCAAUUGGGAUAUCGUCGGAAAUGACAUCCCGGUCUUUUUCAUUCAAGAUGCUAUCAAGUUCCCCGAUUUCGUACAUGCGGUGAAGCCUGAGCCUCAUAACGAAGUUCCUCAAGGCCAGUCGGCACACAACAAUUUCUGGGAUUUUGUUGGUUUGCAACCCGAAUCUGCUCAUAUGGUUAUGUGGGUCAUGUCCGAUCGAGGGAUCCCUCGUUCAUUCCGCAUGAUGCAAGGUUUCGGCGUUAACACCUACACGCUUCUCAAUGCGAAGGGUGAACGACACUUCGUCAAAUUUCAUCUCAUCCCUGAGCUCGGUGUGCACAGCCUGGUGUGGGACGAAGCGCUCAAGAUUUGUGGGCAAGAUCCUGAUUUUCAUCGUAAAGACCUAAACGAAGCCAUCGAAAGCGGGUGUCCGGCUAGAUGGACAUUCGCCAUCCAGACUAUCGCCGAGAGUGACGAACACAACUUCGAAUUUGACAUCCUUGAUGCGACUAAGGUGUGGCCGGAGGAACUUGUACCCCUGCAGACCAUAGGCGAGCUCGUACUCGAUCGUACCGUAAACGAGUUCUUCCCAGAGACGGAGCAGGUCGCCUUUUGCACCUCCCAUGUCGUACCCGGUAUUGGUUUCAGCGAUGAUCCUCUGUUGCAAGGCAGAAACUUCUCUUAUUUUGACACUCAAAUCUCCAGGCUGGGUCUGAAUUGGGAACAGCUCCCCAUCAACAAACCGGUGUGCCCCGUCAUGAACCAUAACCGCGAUGGCAAGCAUCAAAGCACUAUCGUCAAGAGUAAUGUCAACUACUGGCCAAACCGUCACGCCAUCGGUCAGCCAGUGCCUCCUGCUCAAGGAGGAUAUGCAGAGUUCCCUCAAAAAGUUGCUGGCAUAAAGCAGCGUGUCCGAGGCGCCAAGUUCCAGGAACACUUCAACCAAGCCCAACUCUUCUACAACACUCUUACUCCACACGAACGAGCCCACCUCGUGUCUGCCCUCUCCUUCGAGCUCAGCCACUGCGACGACCCCGUCGUGUACGAGACCUACACGAAUAUUCUCAACAAUAUCGAUUUCGACCUCUCCAAGAUCGUUGCAAAAAAUGUUGGUGGUAUCACUCCUCACUCCCCGGCACGCGAGAACCCAGGGAAGACCUCUCCAGCGCUCUCGCAGACGUACUACGACCCCAAGACACCAACGAUCGCCUCACGCCGCAUCGCGAUCUUGGUAGCAGAUGGGUUUGACCAGCACAAUGUGGAGGGCAUGCAGGCGGCAAUCCGCGAGCUUGGUGCAUUGCCUUUCCUCAUCGGGCCCAGACGGGGCCGCAUAUUCCCCAAGGGAGGGAAAUCGGAAGGCAUGAUGGUAGAUCAUCACUUUGAAGGGCAGAGGUCCACGCUGUUCGACGCUGUAUUGGUUCCCUCCGGCGUCGAGCAUGCGAAGAUCCUGUCAGAGGUCGGGAGGACUGUACAUUGGAUUAGGGAAAGCUUUGGUCACUGUAAAGCGAUUGGUGCUAUUGGGGAUGGCGCUGAUUUCGUCCGAAGUGCACUUGGUGUACCGGGAAUGAAGCUCUCCAGUAAUGAUGACGUUGUGGUGUCGUAUGGGGUUGUGACGGUCGGGAACGGUAAAUCUGACUUGUAUUCGACGGGAGACUUCGUAAAGGGGAAGAAGGAGAGCAAGGCGUUUGCUUCUGCAUUUGCAUUGGAGAUCAGCAAGCAUAGGUGCUGGGAGCGUGAGACCGAAGGUUUAACGUCCCAGGUAGCAUACUGAAUGUGUAUGAUAUUGUAAUUCUAAGCUUGUAUUACUACUAGGAACACAGUCAACAUAACGCCUGUUCUGUAUGCUAGAUCGUGUACAUUGCGUUUCCUCCUUAAACCCGAAUCUCUUCAAGCAGAAAGUUCUCUACAGAGCGCUCAUCGUUUACGAGCAUCCGUGAGUAUGCUA